ACGUGAGAGAGCUACGUGUUGCUGCGCAGCAACAGAUAGGAGGAGACGAGCAAACACGCAGAGGGAUCCCGCUCUGACACACAGCAGCAGCGGCAGGGCGUCAAAGCCAGCAGCUACCUGUGGCUGGAGAACGGAGACAGAAGGAUGGAACAGCCUCUGUCUUCGGUCCAAAGGGUCGGAACCCGGAGAACCCAGGUCUCCGCUCAUUAGAACCAGAGGUUCUCUCCAGCUGUCAUGUUUCACCGCUGAAGAUGAGAGGAGCAUCAGGAGAACAGACCCAAGCGUAAAACAUGACAGGGCACGUGCUGAGGGGCUCGGGCAGCGGGAAUCGCAUGGAUGACAACGCGGCCAUCCGCAUCAACGUGGGCGGCUUCAAGAAGCGUCUCCAGUCGGACACCCUCUCCCGUUUCCCGGAGACCAGGCUCGCGCGCCUCCUGCAGUGCCGGUCCAAAGAGUCCAUCCUGGAGCUGUGUGACGACUACGACGACGCGGAGAAGGAGUUUUACUUCGACAGGAACCCCGCUCUCUUCCCCUACGUGCUGAAUUUCUACCACACGGGGCGGCUGCACGUGAUGGCCGAGCUGUGCAUCUUCUCCUUCAGCCAGGAGAUUGAGUACUGGGGCAUCAACGAGUUCUUCCUGGACUCCUGCUGCAGCAGCGCUUACCACUGUAGAAAAAUGGACCAGGACCGGGAGGACUGGGAAGAGCGGAGCGAUGAAGGGAGCACCACUUCCUCAUUCGAUGAGCUGCUGGAGUUUUACAACGAUGCUUCCAAGUUUGACAAGCAGCUGCUCGGGAGCGCACGGAGGCGCGUGUGGCUGAUGCUGGACAACCCUGGAUACUCGGUGGCCAGCCGCAUCAUCAGCAUCAUGUCCAUCCUGGUGGUGCUGGGCUCCAUCGCCACCAUGUGCAUGAACAGCAUGAGUGAGUUCAGCCUGGUGGACGCUGAGGAACAGGCCAUGGAGGACCCACGUUUCGAGAUGGUGGAGCUCUUUGGGAUCGCCUGGUUCACCCUGGAGCUAGUGGCCAGGUUUGUGGUGGCACCAGAUCUUCUGCACUUCUUCGACCACCCUUUAAACAUCAUAGACCUGGUGUCCAUACUUCCAUUUUACCUGACGCUCCUCAUCAACCUGGUAGUGGAGAGCAGCCCGGCCCUGGCCAACCUGGGACGGGUUGCUCAAGUUCUUCGGCUCAUGCGGAUCUUCCGCAUCCUGAAAUUGGCCCGACACUCCACAGGCUUGCGCUCGCUGGGGGCCACCCUCAGAAACAGUUACAAGGAGGUGGGCCUGUUGCUCCUCUACUUGGCAGUUGGUGUCUCAUUUUUCUCGGUGGUUGCCUACACAGUGGAGAAAGAGGACAGCGAGGACCUGUCCACCAUCCCGGCGUGCUGGUGGUGGGCCACUGUCAGCAUGACCACCGUGGGCUACGGGGACGUGGUGCCUGUAUCCAUAGCGGGCAAGCUCACCGCCUCAGCCUGCAUCCUGGCUGGGAUCUUAGUAGUUGUGCUUCCGAUCACGUUGAUUUUCAACAAAUUCUCACUCUUCUACAAAAGACAAAAGCAGCUGGAGAUCGCCAUGAGAAGUUGCGAUUUCGACGAGGGAAUAAAGGAGGCUCCCUCUGUCAAUCUGAGGAACUAUUAUGCUCACAAGGUGAAGUCCCUCAUGGCCAGCUUGUCAAACAUGAGCCGGAGUUCACCCAGCGAACAGAGUCUGAACGAAUCCCUUCACUGAGCAGGUUCAGUCUGGAGGAGGAGCUGUCCAUGGUGCUGAAAGACCCAGUGGGUUUCUCUGUAGCUCUGUCCAACAAGGUGUUAGUCACAGUGAGACAUCCGGAGAUAACAUGUAACCUCCACCAGACGUGACCACGUCCCUCCGACAGGCACUGCUGUUGUUGAUGUUGUUGUUUACAGUCCCAGUGACAGCGUGGACGUUCGUGUCUCUGAUGUUCAGCUGUGUUUGUGCUCCGUCGUGUUUGAAGCAGACUCCGUGUGUAGAUGUGGUGUUCCAACAGCACUAAAGCCAAACUCCAGCUCUCCUCUGUGUUUGUGUUGCUGUGCAGCCUGAGGAGAGAGCCGCCAUCUACACGUGGACGGAUAAACGGAUCUUAGUGGGAUUUGAUUUUCCUGUCCUGUCGUCAGAAAAAGGAUGUUGUUGAUCACAAGCAUGCAGCUGUAACAUGAAUAUGAAAUAAAUAUCAAGGAGGAACACUUAAUAAAUCUUUAAAAGUAAAUAGAGUAAAGAGCUCUAUGGCA